AGGUGGCUGGUUUGCUUUCCGUGUGCGGGAAAUCAUGCAGUGUUGAGCUCUGACUUGCGAGAUUCUCUUUUAGCCUCCAUCCUCCUGUCGUAUGUUAUUUUGCUGGCAGAUGUAAAAAUUGUGUGAUUCAGACCUCCAGUCCAGACACUCCGGCCUGGUUAUGUAGCCUUGCUUAAUGCUUGACCUGAGCUCAAGCUCACUCUCUAUUGACUGAAAGAAUCACUCCACUCCACCCCACCCACCACUUGUGUUUUGUUUUCUGCUACUACCUUUCAUUUCCUGGUUUGAUGAUCAAAUUUGCAUUUUGUCUACCGCUCGACCGCUUCUGCUCUCACUUAAACUGUCACUGAGGGCUGGAUGAGAUUCGGUUUGAUAGUCUAUUUCUAAUUUUGGAGUGCCGACAGUCUCCUUGGAAAUAUGGAGAAAAUGUCAAGCUUUCAAUGUUCCUCAGUGGAAGAGGGGGGGGGUGAUAAUAACCCGCAUGUGCUCCUUGUUCUCAACUGGUGCCGUGUGGACUUGUUUUGUGUGUGGAGGGGGAGAGAAAGCCUCAUCAAAAUGGAUGCCAUAUACCUUCGAGAGCACAGAGAGGAGAGGCGCCGAUCCGCUCGCCGUCUUGCUCCUAGCGCCGCAUUUCACGUGCCCAUGGCCCUUUGCGUGCUUUAAUGGGGGGGGGGGGGGGGCACUCGGUCGCAAGGAAUAGCGGGCGAGCGGUUCUCUCUGCAUUGCAGCACUGUAGCCGAGGAGAUCGAGAAGCAGAAAAGCUUAUGUGGUACAUUGAGCUAGCCGUCCAAUCGGGUACCUCGGAGUGGCGCUCAAACCAAUCGGGCGCUUGCAGCCGAGGUUAAAGAUUGACAAUCGCUGGAGGAAGCAGCGGGGAGAGAGGAGGCCUUCUGGGAUACUUGGAACCAUCGUUUCCCUCAUCUCACAACGCCCUCUAUCAUUGAAAAGAGUUAAAAAAAUAGGCUGAAGAAUUCAUGAUACGCAUCAUCACGUCCGAGGAGGAGGGAGGGGGAGAGUGCUUGGGGAACAAGAUUUGAAGAGAAAAAAAAAAAAAAGCUCUGCUCUCUUGACAGAAACAACAAUAGCAAUGACGUCACGCUGCCUCCAAAACAGCAGUUGAAAUAAAGAAGACUGACCCUCCAACAGAGAAAAUGGAAAGCUCAAUGCGAUCUAAAGACGCAGGCUCGACAGAGCGGACGACCCAGAAACGAAAGAUGCCAAGUCCCUCCCACUCAUCAAAUGGUCACUCGUCUGCUGACACCUCCCCCAGCCCGGUGAAAAAGAAGAAGAAACCAGGUGCUGUUAGCACCACCAAAGACCAGUCCGAACUAAGACAUGGCCCCUUUUACUAUGCGAAGCAGCCGGCACUCACCACAGAUCCUGUUGAUGUUGUACCGCAGGACGGCAGGAACGACUUCUACUGCUGGUUGUGCCACCGUGAGGGUCAGGUGCUCUGCUGUGAGCUCUGCCCCAGGGUGUACCACGCCAAGUGCCUCAAACUACCAGACGAGCCUGAGGGCGACUGGUUCUGUCCGGAGUGUGAGAAAAUAACGGUUGCUGAAUGUAUCGAGACUCAGAGCAAAGCCAUGACAAUGCUGACUAUUGAGCAGCUGUCUUACCUCCUCAAGUUUGCUCUUCAGAAGAUGAAACAACCAGGUGAUCAUCCUCGCUUGUCAUCUCGCUCUCCCCACGCAGCUUCCACGCAGAGAAAGACUUUUAAUUGGACGGAGCUCUUCCAGAAACCCGUUUCACUCGAACAGCACCCGGACUAUGCCGAAUACAUAUUUCACCCAAUGGACCUUUGCACUCUUGAGAAGAACAUCAAAAAGAAAAUGUACGGCUGCACGGAGGCCUUCUUGGCAGAUGUCAAGUGGAUUUUGCAUAACUGCAUCAUAUACAACGGAGGCAACCACAAACUGACAGCCACAGCUAAAGUUAUCGUCAAGAUCUGUGAACAUGAGAUGAAUGAGAUUGAAGUCUGUCCUGAGUGUUAUCUGUCUGCUUGCCAAAAGAGAGAGAACUGGUUCUGUGAACCCUGUGGUAACCCUCACCCUCUGGUAUGGGCUAAAUUGAAAGGUUUCCCCUUUUGGCCCGCCAAAGCUCUGCGUGACAAAGACGGACAGGUGGAUGCUCGCUUCUUUGGUCAGCAUGACAGGGCUUGGGUGCCUUUAAAUAAUUGUUACCUCAUGUCCAAAGAGAUUCCCUUCUCCGUGAAGAAGACUAAAAGCAUCUUCAACAGCGCCAUGCAAGAGAUGGAAGUCUAUGUGGAGAACAUGAGGAAGAAGUUUGGAGUGUUUAACUACGCCCCCUUCAGGACACCCUACACUCACGACAACAGCUUUCAAAUGCUGCAGGACCCCUCGGACCCCUCGUCCAAGGCCGAGAAACAGGAAAAGAUCAAGUUGAGCUUUGACAUGACCGCAUCGCCCAAGAUCUCGCUAUCCCGGGCCGUGUUGUCUGGCGUCGGAGGGAUCGUGACGGGCCGUCGGCCACCUCUCGGCGACGGGCCUCGCUCCCCCGUGAGCACCAAUUCUUCUGCGCAUACGGGUUCAGACGGCGAGGACACAACAGACAAGUCCCACGUGAAGGCCGUAAGCAGCCAGGGAAGUGUCGGAGAAGAGUCAAUGGACUGCACAGUGUCACCAACUCAUCCUCGACCAAGUCAAGCUGAGCAUUUGUCCGACAGCACCAAAUCUUUACAUUCGCAAUCUCCUGGCAACACCAAACAAGAGAAGACACAGCUGACGGGAAGCAUUUUGAAUCUCAAUCUAGAUCGGAGUAAAGCAGAAAUGGAUCUAAAGGAACUCAGUGAAACGGUUCUGCAGAAGCUAGGGGCCACCCCUGUUCUCACCUCUCCAAAAAGGCAGAUCAAGAGCCGUUUCCAGACCAACUUGGACAAAACCAUUGAAAGCUGUAAAGCGCAGCUCGGUAUAAAUGAAAUCUCUUCUGAGGCGUACAAAGCUGUGGAGCACAGCGACACUGAGGACUCCGAGGGUAAAUCCGACUCAAGUGACACCGAGUACGGCAGUGACGAAGCACCCAAGGUUGAAGAUUCCCAGGAUGCUACACGCACUGAGGAAGCCCAGAACAAGAGUAGAGACCAGGAGCAAUCAUCACCAAAGGCCAAUAUGCCACUGCUAUCUGAGCCCACAGCAGAGGAUGUUAGCUCAAUGCAGUCAGAGACGCCGGCUCAAGAAAAACCUCUGGAGAAAGAUGGUCCAGAGAAGACCAAAUCCCCCCCACCAUUGCCCGUGUCCAGGGAGAAGGGACAAGUGAAAGAAGAUAUGAAGCAAAAUGCGUCCAUGGAGGAUUCUGACUCCGAGGGGGAGCUGGUUAUUGACCUUGGGGAGGAGCAAGGGAAAAGGGAGAGGAAGAGACGCAAAAAGGACAGCGCGAAUGCUAAAGAGUCAUGUGCUAGUAAACCUGAAGGUAAAUCCCUGACCCCUUCAACAUUCCCAUCUCAAAGCAGCACAACCCCUUCCACACCCUCCAGCGUUGCCUCGCAGUCCCCGAUGGCCAUUCCCGUCAGCAUGAUUGCCGCCAACGUCAGCCUCGCCACCGUCUCCAACGCCCCGGCAACUCCGCCCUCUUCGUCCUCAUCUUCAGCCUCCGCCACCCCGGGAUUGAAGAAACAGCGCCCCCUGCUGCCUCGAGAGACUGUGCCUGGAGCGCACAGCGCCACCGUGUGGAAUCCCAGCGGCAAGCUCCAGAACUCCUCACAGAAAUGGCUCCUGCGUCAGCAGCAAGGCCAGCAGCCGGUGGCAGCCGCGCAAAUUCAAGACAACGGCUCGGCAUCGGCGUUUUCUGCACAGACGUCUUCGCAAAGCACACGUUACCACACCAGACAGUCCAUCAAAGCUGUCACCCUGGUGUCCGGCUGUCCUGCAUCAGCAUCUGGAUUAGGCACAUCGUCUCCGUCCUCCUCCAUGGAAACGGAGCAGUACAUCUCCACAGCCUCAGCAGACGCCGCUGCGGACAUUGCCAAGUACACGAACAAAAUGAUGGACGCAAUCAAAGGUACAGUGACUGAAAUCUGCAGUGACCUCUCCAAGAGCUCUUCAGGGAAUACGCUUGCUGAGAUGAAGCGGCUUAGAAUUGAAAUUGAAAAACUACAGUGGCUCCAUCAGCAAGAGUUGUCAGAGAUGAAGCACAAUCUCGAGCUUACAAUGGCUGAGAUGAGGCAAAGUCUGGAGCAGGAGCAAGAGCGCUUGGUGGCAGAGGCCAAGAAACAGACGGAGCUGGGGAAGCAGCAAGCGGUGGAUGAGACCAAGAAGAAACAGUGGUGCGCCAACUGUCGAAAAGAGGCCAUCUUUUAUUGCUGCUGGAACACCAGCUACUGCGAUUACCCUUGUCAGCAGGCCCACUGGCCCGAACACAUGAAGUCCUGCACUCAGUCCGCCACUGCUCCGCAGCAAGAAGUCGAGACGGAGUCGGCGGCGGACUUGUCGAACAAAGGAGCGGGACAGCCUAACUGUGGACCAAACGCUCUGCGAGAAGCGCCGCUUUCCGCGUCUUCAGAUAAAGACUGUGAAACCGAAGCCAGCAGUGACAAAGCUGCUGUCACUCCAUCUUAACGGUGUGCAAUAUACUUGAUGUUAUUAUUUUUUUUACCCGCUACACUGAUUGAUGUAUACAUUUUGUUCUAUAGUGUAUGCUGUUGAAGUGGCUGUAUCCAAAGUCUUUUUUAUUUACUGUUGGGUUUACAAUAUUGGGAUUCAUUUUGGCUGCCCGUCUACUGUACAGUGUUCUUUCCCUGUUUUGAAUGAGAAAAUAAGACUGACAGCUGUUAGAACCGAGAAAGAGGUGCAGUGUCCUCGCACUCGUGUUAGGUAGCUUUUUAACAGCAUGCGUCACUCAAUCUUCUCUCAACGGACUAAAUUGGCAAAUGAUGGCACCUACAUUGCUGGACCACUUCACUAUUGGAGUGCUACUGACAAAUGAAGAGUUUGUGGUUAGUUCCGGUAAUUUAUGUUUGUAUUUGUUAAUAUGAUGCCUGCUGCAUAUUGUACGCUGAUGAGAAGACAUUUUCAACAAGC